AUGUUGAAUAUUACAAAUGCUAGUAUCAUUGGCACACUCUAUGAAUUUCCAUUUUCAUCUCUUCCUUUUCUCGAAUAUGUUGAUCUUAGCCUGAACCAGCUCUCUGGCACCAUCCCACCUGAAAUUGGAAAGCUCACUAAUCUUUUCCAUCUCAAUUUGUCCAUCAAUCAGAUUUCAUGUUCAAUCCCACCACAAAUCAGCUCACUAACCAAACUUGAGACUCUCGACAUCUUUGACAACCAUUUAAAUGGUUCCAUUCCCACAGAAAUAGGAAAACUUGUCAAUCUUGUUGAAGCUUAUCUUGGAAAGAACCAAUUAACGGGUCAUAUUCCUCCAGAAAUAGGUAGCUUGGUCACUGCAAAAUUGCUUUAUGCUUUCUCCAAUGAAUUGUUCGAUUCCAUUCCUACUAAAGUAGGAACGAUGAAGUCCCUUGAGAAUUUAAGCUUACAAACAAAUCAUCUUUCUGGUCCAAUUCCCAAAACAAUAAGUGACUUAAUUGAGCUCAAAACCCUGUACCUUUAUUCUAACGAAUUCUCUGUUCCCAUUCCUAGUGAGUUGGGGAAUCUGAAAAACCUCAGUGAAUUAACUGAGCUUCAAAUUUUGUAUCUUGAUUCUAACCAACUUUCUAGUCCCAUUCCUAGUGAGUUAGGGAAUCUGAAAAACCUCAGUGAUUUGGAAUUAUCCCAUAAUCAGCUUACUGAUCCAAUUCCUAGUGAGUUGGGAAAUCUAAAAAACCUCAUUGAUUUGGAACUAUCUAGUAAUCAGCUUACCGGUGACUUAAUUGAGCUCAAAACCCUGCGCCUUUAUUUUAACCAAUUCUCUGGUCCCAUUCCUAGUGAGUUGGGGAAUCUGAAAAACCACAAUGAUUUGGAAUUAUCUAAUAAUCAGCUUACCGGUUCAAUUCCAAUUACUCUAGGUGACUUAACUGAGCUCAAAAUUUUGUAUCUUGAUUCUAACCAACUUUUUGAUCCCAUUCCUAGCGAGUUGGGGAAUCUGAAAAACCUCACUGGUUUGGGAUUAUCCAUUAAUAAACUUAGUGGUUCAAUUGCAAUUACUCUAGGUAGCUUAAUUGAGCUCAAAGCUUUGUAUCUUUAUUCUAAAAAACUUCCUGGUCCCAUUCCUAGUGAAUUGGGGAAUUUGAAAAACCUCAUUGCAUUGGCAUUAUCACUUAAUCAACUUUCAAGCUAUUUGCCAGACCAGCUUUGCCAAGGUGGGAAACUUGAGAAAUUCAUCGUGGAUAGCAAUAAGCUAACAGGGCCAAUACCAAGUAGCUUGAGGAAGUGCUCUAGUUUCAAAAGGGUUCGGCUUAAUAAUAAUAGUUUCACUGGGAAUUUAUCUGAAGCUUUUGGCAUCUAUCCAGAGCUUUACAUAGCACCAGAGAUUGGAAAUAUCAAUGGGCUUCUAGGACUCGAUCUUUCAUCGAAUCAUUUGAUUGGGCAGAUUCCUAAAGAAAUUGGUGAUUUAACCUCUCUGGUUAAGCUUUUUGUGCAAAACAACAACAUUUCUGGCAGUAUACCCAAGGAACUUGGGUCACUGACAAAAUUAGAGUCCCUUGAUCUAUCAUGUAACGGAUUGAAUCUGUCAAUCCCAAUUUUUGUUGGAGAUUACGUGCACUUCCUUAAUCAUCUUGUUGGAGAAAUACCCCCUUAUCUAGCCAAUUUGAAGAACUUGGUAAGCUUAGAUCUUUCCCACAAUGGCCUCUCUGGCCGUAUUCCUGAAGAACUUGAAAUAUUGUUUGGUUUACAAGAUGUUGAGUUGUCAUACAAUGAGUUGGAAGGUCCAAUCCCUAAUAAUAAAGCUUUUAUCAAUGCCUCAUUUGAGGAUAAUAAAGGUCUUUACGGAAAUGUAACAGGACUCCACCCCUGCGAAAGGCCAUCUUCUGUGGUGAAGAAGCAGUUAGUGGCGAAGAGAAAUAAACUCAUCCUCAUCACUGUACUUCCUGUUAUGGGAGCCCUAGUACUACUCUGUGUUUUCAUUGGUGUUCUCUUUAUGUGUGAUAAAAGAGACAUUGAAAGACGUGAUGAUGGUUGGAUUUCGAUAUCUAUGUUAGAUGGAAAGGCAUAA